AACAGUGGCUACUGAGUUAAAUAAGCUUUGGGCAACCCAAGAGAAACCAUAUUUCUCAGAGCACACCUUCGUUGACUUUUUUUACGACUAUUCUUUGAACCAAUGUCUUCAACCACAGUACCAGUCCCAACGAUCCCAAUCAGAUCCGGCCCAUCUGGCCACCACUCGAUGCCGGUUCUAGGUUUCGGAACCGCCGCGUCUCCCAUACCAGAACCAACGAUGCUGAAAGAGACGAUAAUUGAAGCCAUCAAACUCGGUUAUCGCCACUUCGACACAUCUCCCAGAUACCAAACAGAGGAACCCAUCGGCGAAGCUUUGGCCGAAGCAGUCUCUCUCGGUUUAGUCAAAUCUCGAUCUGAGUUCUUCGUCACUACAAAGCUUUGGUGUGCUGAUGCUCAUGCCGGUCUUGUCGUACCAGCCAUCAAACGGAGUUUAAAGAAUCUUAAACUGGACUAUCUUGAUCUGUACUUAAUUCAUUGGCCGGUUAGUUCUAAGCCUGGUAAGUACAAGUUUCCUAUUGAUGAAGAUGAUUUUCUACCAAUGGAUUUCAAAGCAGUUUGGUCUGAAAUGGAGGAGUGUCAAAGAAUCGGGCUUGCAAAGUGUAUAGGAGUAAGCAAUUUUUCGUGUAAGAAGCUCCAACAUAUCCUCUCUAUCGCGACGAUCCCGCCAAGUGUUAAUCAAGUGGAGAUGAGUCCAAUAUGGCAACAGAGAAAACUAAGGGAGCUUUGUAAGUCAAACGAUAUUGUUGUGACAGCUUACUCAGUGUUGGGAUCGAGAGGGGCUUUUUGGGGAACUCACAAGAUUAUGGAAUCAGAUGUACUUGGAGAAAUAGCUAAGGCAAAGGAUAAAACAGUGGCACAGGUGAGUAUGAGAUGGGCUUAUGAACAAGGAGUGAGCAUGGUGGUGAAGAGCUUUACUAAAGGGAGAUUAGAAGAGAAUCUGAAGAUAUUUGAUUGGUCUUUGACAGAAGAGGAGACACAAAGGAUCUCUACAGAGAUCCCUCAGUUUAGGAACGUCAGUGGAGAGGUUUAUACAUCCGAGAAAGGUCCUAUAAAAUCUGUCGAGGAGAUGUGGGACGGCGAGAUCUGAUCAAUCUUUGUGUGAACAAAAUCCAACCUAGUGAAACCGUGCAAUCAUAGUAUCACCAGAAUUAUUUUACAUGCAUGUCAUCCUAUUAUAAUACUAAAUAAAUACAUUUUAAAAAUAAAAA